AUGACGUCAUUCCCAGUUGAUCCAAAAAGAUUCCCGAUCACAAUUCCGCCUCGUGUACGCAGUGACACGGUUGAUUCGGAAAGCCUUUCGGUAUCACCGCCAUCCAGUUUCCCACAGGAACGAGAACGCAGAUUUUCAAUUACCGAAAUGCUCGGUCGACGUACGUCAAUUUCUGAGGCAUACAAACGUUACGCGGGAUUCACAACAAACGGAGAUGGAUUCCAUCGAGAAGAUUACAAAAAACCGGUUGACUCCUAG